UGGCGACCCCUAAUGGGAGAAGCUGAAAGAAGAAGUAGAAGAAGAUAUAUACAUACACAUGCACAGUGCAUUCAGUGAACCCCCUUCACGUUUUUCAAUUUUGUUAUGUAUUAGCCUGCUAUUGCAAUCUUUCGAAUUGAUUUUUACUCAUUAAUCUACACUCAGUACACUCAUUGAAAACAGAAAUAUUGAAAUAUGGCGGUGCUUUAUCACCAUAUGUAAAAAAAAAAAAAAAAAUACUUUGACAAUAUGAGUAUAUCUGACAAUCUACUUUUUCUUCAACUAAUUUUACUAGUUAUGAUAGUAUUGGAAACAAUAUAUCUGAAAUAAUAUAUCAUUUGACCAUUUAUAAGAUCUAUAGAUUUUCUUAUUCUUCUCUGGUUACUUAAAUACAUUUUAACCUCAUUCUCUGCAGAAAUGUAUAUAUUUUGUGUAACUGCUUAUUUUUAGCUAUGAGUGUCGCUGUUGAUCAGUGAAGUUCAUUUUUCUGAAGUUUAAAAAAACCCAACACGUCUCUUAUUGACAUUUGCGCAUGUCCACUGUCUUUGGAUUCCAUUUCAGUUGUACAUCGCCUGGGUAUAGGAUUGCUUCUUAUGCUCUUUUUCUUUAUAAAUACUAUUUAAUAUAUAUAUAUUUCGGGCUAUUCGUGAACAAUUUUUUGCAUAUUGUACAUUGAUCUGGGUAAAGACUCGGUAACGCCGCUGCGUCAUCAUGGAGGAAAGCAUUUUUGUCUCAUGGGGUUCCUGUAUGGUUUUUCUCUGUUUGCACUUGCUCAAUGCCGCAUCCGGGCAGGUCCGUUAUUCCGUGUCUGAAGAAAUGUCUCCUGGUGCUUUAGUCGGAGAUGUUGUGAAGGAUCUGGGUCUGGAGCCUAAGCGGCUGCUUGAGGGAAAAGCUCGUAUCUUCGCUGCGAGCGGGCGCGACUAUUUGCAGUUGGACAGGGAGAAGGGACAUAUCACUGUAAAGGAGAGAAUGGACCGGGAGACUCUGUGCUCUUCUUCAACGUCUACGUGUAGCAUCAGCUUCGAAAUCAUUGUAGAAAACCCGAUCGAGCUCUACAGGGUCAUAGUGGAAAUAUUAGACGUGAACGAUAACAGUCCUGCGUUUCCACGAGGGGAAAUGAAAUUAGAGAUCAGUGAAUCAGCGUCUGUCGGCGCGCGCUUUGCUCUGGACAGAGCUCUCGAUCCCGACCUGGGAAUCAACAGCAUCCAGAGCUAUUCAAUUGAUCCUGCUGAGCAUUUUACACUGAAAACCCAGAGUCGAGCAGGUAGUGGGAAAAAUGUCGAGCUUGUUUUACAGACGCCGUUAGACAGAGAAAAAGAAGAACAUUUGUAUCUAACAGUAACCGCUAUGGAUGGAGGCAACCCUAAACGCUCUGGCACUGUAAACAUUUAUGUCGUUGUUUUAGAUAGUAACGACAACGCCCCCGUGUUUCAAACAAGCUCUUAUAGAGUAUCUGCUCCUGAAUCCACAAAAAAGGGGGAGUUGUUGAUUAAAGUUAACGCCACUGACGCAGAUACGGAAUCAAAUGGGCAAAUUGGCUAUUAUUUUGAACAUACAACACCUAAAAUCAGAGAGCUUUUUACAAUCAAUGAAUCCACUGGCGAGAUAAGGCUGUCUGGAGAGAUGGACUUUGAGGACACGGCCGUUCAUGAAUUUAAAAUCCAGGCAAAGGACCAGGGAGGUUUAGCCGACUCGUGUGAGGUUGUGAUUGAAGUAACUGAUGUGAAUGAUAAUGUGCCUAAAAUUGCCCUAAUGUCCUUUUCCAACACAUUGCCCGAAAACUCUCCUCCAGGUACUGUAGUAGCAGUGAUCAACGUACAAGACGGGGACUCGGAGGAAAAUGGAAAGGUCACAUGCUGGAUUAUUGGUAAUCUCCCAUUCAGAACCGAAUCGUCUCUGUCCAAUUACUACAGCAUAGUGACAGACUCCAGCUUAGACAGAGAGCAAACUGCGGAAUAUAAUAUCACAAUCAUGGCAAAAGAUGGCGGUCUUCCGGCGCUGUCCAGCACAAAAACACUGCUAGUAAAGGUAUCUGAUAUAAACGACAAUUCUCCACGUUUUGAACGGGAAACAUACGAUUCGCACAUCCCUGAGAAUAAUUCACCUUCUUUAAUUUUACUCAGCGUGAAAGCUUAUGAUGAGGACCUGGGCGCCAACGCACGUGUUUCCUACUUUAUUGUCGACAAAGAUGUGAACGGCAGACCAGCAUUAUCGUUAGUUUCGAUUGAUUCUGACAAUGGCAGAAUUUAUGCGAUUAACUCAUUAGAUUAUGAGCAAAUUAAGUCGUUCAGCGUUACUAUUAGGGCGCAAGAUGGUGGUUCACCUUCUAUGAGUAGCAACGCAACCGUCAAUUUUUUUAUUCAGGACCAAAAUGACAAUACUCCUCAGAUUCUGUAUCCAGUACAAACUGGUGGCUCUGUGGUGGCUGAAAUGGUGCCUCGUUCAGCAGAUGUGGGAUAUCUGGUCACUAAAGUGGUGGCUGUGGAUGUGGACUCUGGACAGAAUGCCUGGCUCUCAUAUAAACUACACAAAGCGACAGACAGGGCGCUGUUUGAAGUGGGCUUACAGAAUGGAGAAAUCAGAACUGUGCGCCAAGUCACUGAUAAAGAUGCUGUGAAACAGAAGCUCACUGUUGUAGUGGAGGACAACGGACAGCCUUCUCGUUCAGCUACAGUCAAUGUUAACGUGGUGGUGGCGGACACUUUCCUGAAGUGCUCUCCGAGUUUACCAAUUUUAAACAAGACACAGAAUACAAUGACAAUCUGACUUUAUAUCUAGUCCUGGCCUUGGCUGUAGUUUCAUUUCUCUUCAUCGUGUCCAUCAUAGCUAUAGUGUCAGUGAAAUGCUACAGAUGGAGACGUGAGAGGAUGUUUUAUAAAUCCGGUGCCAAUCUGCC